AUGAGUUCAAAACCGCCUGUACCAUUGGGAAAAAAAAAUGGUGGAUUCCCAAAGCUAGUGAAGCCUUUUAAAAAAUCUAUGUUAUUUAAAAUUAAAGGAAAAUUUUCAGAUGAUGCACGAAAAAGUAAAACUAUGGAAAAUGUUAAUAGUAAAAACAGUAAUGACAACAUUGAAGAGUCCCUAAAAACAGAUUCAGAUGAAUUGAAGUCUAAAGCCAUGAAACCAAAGUUAAAGAUUCCCGAUUUAAAAUUUAAACCAAUAAAUUCUAAAUCUAAAAAUCUGUCCCCUAUGAUAAAAAGAUUGAAAACAAAACCUAAAUUAAUGGACCCAAAAGAAACAGAAACUAAAUUAAAAAAAUCUGUACCAUUAAUUAAAUCUAUUGAAAUGAAAGAAAAUGAUGAUGAUACACCAAAGGAAGCAGAAGAACCCAAAUCCUCAAAUUUUGUGAAAGUUACUAAAUUCCCUAAAUUUGAAAAAUCUUUAAAACCAAUGUUAAAAGGUUUAAUCAAAAAAAAUGUGGGGCAAAGUCAUCCACCAAGGGAAGAAGAAAAUAAAACUCUGAAUGAUAGAGAAAAUUUUAGACAAAAUAAAUAUUACAAUAAUGUGAAUUUAUUAAAUUCAAUAAAAAAUAAAAAUUUGGGUUUAUCAAAAACGAAAAGCAUUGAAAGUAAUAAGCAAUUAGUAACUGAUGAAAAUAAUGAAGAAACAAAUAAUUCAGUUUUAAAAAAAUAUUCACGUUCCUUUUCAAAGGAUAAAACAGAAAAUCCUAUUGAAGAUAGUAAGAAAAGUUAUGCUACAGAAAAAGUAGGAAAAAAUUUUAUAUUAAAAAAGGGAAUUAAAAUGAUGUUUAAAGGAAAGAAGGCUAGUUUUAAUAAUAAUUUGAGUAAAGAAAUGGAUGAUCAAAAAAAAAAUGAAUCUAUUGGCACAGAUCACGCUGAAUCUGGCAAAGUACAUAUUAACAACAAUGGUAGUAAUAGUAAUAAUAAUAAUGCAUUGGGUAGUGUAAAAAAUAAAUCAAAACAAGUUGGGCCUUUAACAACAUACACAGAAAGUGAAUUACUUAAAAAUAAUAAUUAUAUGAAUGCAUUUUCUAGAAUUGAUGGAAAUUAUGUUGGUAAGGUCACUGGUCCACCUGUUACCCCUUUGUCUAUGUCUGAUAAAAUUCCACAAAAUGAAAAUGAUUUAAAAUGUGAAUAUAAUCAAGCAAAUAAUAUUUAUGAAGCUUCUAACAAUAAUAAUCGUUUUAUAAACAACCAAUUAUAUGCCUCAAACUUUCCCAUUUUUCUCGAUCCAAAUAACAUAAAUUGGAAUAAUACAAAUCCGAUGAAUGUUCCAUUUAUUUUUUAUCCAGGACUUGGUUGUUAUUCACCUGUAUUUGGUGAUGGCAUUUGUUCAUACAUUCCUAUGACGGAUGAGGGGCAUAACAAUUUAAGUAAUAAUAAAAAGGAAGAUAUAUUAGAUCAUCAAAAUGAAGAUAAAGAAAGAAAAAAUAAUUCUAAUAAAAAUAAAGAUAAAGCAAUGAUAGCAGGGGGACAUUUAAAACCUUUGCAAUUUCGAAAUGGAGCGGAAUGGAGUAGUGAAGAUGAGAAAUUGUUAAAUAGUGAUAUAGCUAUUUAUGAAGGAAUAGAAAGAAAAAGUAAAAAAAAAGAAAAAGAAAAAACAAAAGAACGAUAUAUUGGUGAUUCCAAAUGGUAUGAUAUAGAACAUAAAUUAAAUAAUUGUAGAGGUGUAAUAGAAAAUGAUAAUAAUAAAAGUUCCAAAAAAAAAAAAAAAAAAAAAAAUAGUGAUACAACUGUAAAUAUAAGUAGUGAAAGUGAUACGAAAUAUAGUAAUGGUGAAGAUGGAUUUUCAUCAAGUUAUGAAAAAACAUAUUUAGAAGGUGAGACAAAAAAUGAUACAUGUACCAAAUCAAGUAGUGAUGAAGAUAAAAAAUGUUAUAAACGUUCAAAAAGGAGAAGUAGUAGUAAAAAAAAAAGUUCGAAUAAGUUUUUAGAAGAUGAAUAUGAUUUUAAUUUUGAUGAUUUAUAUAAAAAUUAUAAAAUCGAAUAUUUAAAUGAUAAAUUAAAAUGGGCAAAUGAGUAUCUUAAAAAAAAAAAGGAAUGUGAAAAAAGUGAUAGUGAUAAUGAUGUGGUUGUAAAAGAUGGUAAACAUUCAAAUAUAGGAAAUAGAAGUUUAAAAAAAUCGAAUUUGAAAAAUAUUGUAAAGGGUAAGAAAGAGAAUGAGAAACGGCUAGAUGAUAUAACUCAUUUAUUUUUACCUCCUCCAAAAAAACAUGAAAAUUUAUUUGAUUUAUCUUUAAAUUUUUCUAAAGUUGAUGAUAGUGAUAAGGAUGAUAUAAUUAAUAUGCUUUUUUUAUGUCGAGAUUUAGAAAAAGUAAUUGAAGAACAACAUUGUAUUCUUGAUAUGUUAGACAACGAUUUAGCUGAAGUAAAUAAUUCAUUAAGGUUACCACCAAAUUGGGAUAAUAUACAUAAUUUUGAAAUAUUGCAAGAGCAUAUACUAAAUGAAAAUGAUGAAAAUCGUAAUUACAAUUCUUUGAAUGAUUAUGAUGGAAAAAAAAAUAAUGGUUUGGUUUUAAAUAAUGUUCCUUUAUUUAUAAAGGGUCAAGUUUCUUUGGUUCCAAAAAAUUUAAGUCAUUUUUUUGAUAAUACCGAGAAAGUACCUCAAACGGGGAAAACAUUUCAAAAGAGUCCUGACAUUAUGAAUAAGAAAGGAGAAACUACAAAUUCUACGCCUACAGAAACAUAUAACUCGACAAAUAAGUAUGUGCCAAAAUAUGUAAAGGCUCGAGUAAAGGCGAAGGUCCCAUUAUUAUUAAAGGGGGGUUAA